GCUUUCCUCUUCCUAGAUCCUGACUCGAACCAUGGAUUUCUCACGAGCAGACGCAUCCUCAGAGGUACCUCCGCAGUAUACACCUUCCACACCUUCGCCGAAGUACUCUUCGACGCCUCUUCCGGGCGAAGAGCAGGUCGCGACCAGCCAACGCGUACCGACACCCACUCGCACGGGGUCUUUCAGACGCAUCACCGACAAAGUUACCGUCGUCCUGAGGGACCAACUACCGGGCAGCGUCCAGCCCAUCUACGGACGACACGGCUUCAUAUGCGGGUAUCUCGUGCUACAUGACAUCACCGACCUCGUCGAGGUGUCUAUCAAGCUUGUAGGCAUCAAGAGUCUCGGCAUCACCGCCUUUGGAACAGCUGUAAAGUCAAUCUUCCUCGAGGAGUCGUACACGAUGUGGACAGCGAGUUCGGCGGAGCCGUGUCCGGACACGAUCCCCUUCGCACUGGUCUGGCCUCCGACGUUCUCGGAUGCGGGUCAGACGCGUCCCAUACCUCCCUCGUACAAAUGCGAGGGGCUGUCCUCGUCACUCUCAUACGAGUUCACCGUCACCCUGUCCAAACGCAAGCAACUUUUGGGAUUUCUGAAACCCAUGGACAGCGUGUCGAUCCCGCUCACGUAUCUCCCGCGUAUACGCCCGCCAGCACCGAUGAUACCCAGCGAGCUCCCGUUCAUGUCGACGGUGAAGAGCUCACCUGAAGAGUGGCACCAGAUCAUGUGUAGUAUGCAAUCCGUCUAUAGCUCCGACUUGGCUGCUAUACAGUGCUGUCUCUUUAUCCCUGCAGUCCAAAUCUUCGCCCUGUCGGACGCUAUCCCCUUUCACAUACAGUUCCACGGACCCGAGGCCUCUCUGCGCUAUCUGAGGGGUAGCGACGGCUUGUUGGAAGGUGGAGAAAUUCAAAUCUGCGUAUCCCUGAAGCGCAGGACGAUGACGAAGGUGCUCGACAGCAAAGCCCAGCACACUCGCGUCAUCGGCGAGGGGAGGAUUGCUACGGUCAAAUCCCGCAGCCAAUCCCGAUUGGACGGAUCACACGCGCUCGACUGCGACGGUGAACUCACGAUCGACCACUCUUCCGAGGUCCCUAUUAGGGCGCCCAGCUUCUCGAUCUCUGAUGUUGCCGUUCGAGACUUGAUCGUACUCGAGCUCAAACCUCUGCAGCCGCUCAAAUCGCCGUUCAUCGAGAUGAUACAAGAGCAUCCUAUACGCCUGGUGACAGAUCCGUGGACCGAGGAGCCUCACCCGGCGUAGUGCAUACGCACCGCGAUUUUUCGACUCAUCACCCAACAGCGGUGGCACCCGCGUUAUGCUUUUCACCCCUGUCAACCUCGUUGCUCAAACUUCGAAGCGCCGCAAUCGAGGGGUUCAUCAGUGGCAACACCGCCAUCACCCAAAGAUGUGUCCUGCCGAACCGAGAGGUAUUUAUAGGCCAUUGGAUCUUGCCACUGAGCGCCGGAUGAAUCACAGCAAAGUUGUGUAAUAUUUCUGUCACCUUUUACAGGUCACUGUGUCUUGUAGACUCGCGUUGCCCAGUUAUUGCGAUCAUACUUGUUUACGACAAGGGGUUUGGCUUAUACUGUUCCCAUGUAAUCGCGUCUAUUGAGAGCCUUUGGCUCCCUUUCUUUUUUAGCCAGUUCAUGCUGUUCCCAUACACGCUGCUUCCAUAUGACGAGUCCGUAGAUUCAUUCACGGACUGGCCCACGUGUCUGACACACCUGCGGUAUUUUACUUACCGUAGUUAUUCCCUCAGACGAAUGUAUUGUAAUUCUCGCGGACCCAUGUGCAUGGCCGUGCGGGUCCUCUCCUAAGAUAUCAACAUCGUUACAAUUUUCCCACGCGCCGAACAUGUUAUUUUGGCCCCCACGUUUGUACACCAUGCUUCUUCAGUUUCAGCAACAAUGAGAAAGUACCCACCUC